UCACGUCCCCCAGCAGACUGAUUUGACGCGUUUCGCGAUCGCUCUGCCUCGAUAAGAGCGAACUAUAUAGUCGCUCCUCGUCGGUGCUGUUCAUCCGUUACCAAUCGGCCCCUCGCCCGUUAACGCUAGUGUCGGAAUACGAGCGACAAUAAAAAGAAAAAGAAGAGAGAGAUAGAAGUACAGCGAUCGAUUCACGCCCGUUCUCCUGAUAGUCUCGCUCGCGGGGAUUAAAGUAUGCAGUCCAGAUGGAAAAUGCGUGCAAAUGGCGCACGCGUUAAGACGCAUCUCUUACGCGACUUGUGAGCCGCAGCAUGCCCAGUUCAGCUUUCUAGCGCGGGAACCCAGGGCCCACUUUAGCCUACAGUACUGUCAUUCCUUCAUCACCGAGUCUGCAGAACAGGCGGAGGAGCUGAAUACCAUCGUUGGCAAUGCUUUCCGCAUGGCGUACGUGGCGCAGCUUCAGCGCCAACCGAUCCUUCAGGAUGUAAUCUCACCGCGAUCGACGCCAACUUAUCGCAAGGAAAAGCAGGAGCAUCGAACGUCGUGGAACAAAUCGCUGCCCGGGGACGACACGAUCGCCGGAGGCGCUUGCAGGAGUCCGUCGUCCAACUCGUGGCUGAAAAGUCGGACAUCGCCCACCUCCAGGACUGGAAGGGGUUCGUCCGCAACGGACAUGAACGUGCAGCUCGGCAGCGCCGGCUCGCCCACGCUGCGACUCGCCGGUGUAAAGGCGCCGAAUUCGAUUCCGGGGCUGCGGCCGUCGUUCACGAACGUCCUCGGGCCCAUAACGAACGAGGACGAGUCGAAGAGCAUUUCCCAGCAGAGCACACCGAGCAGCGAUGAGAGCAACUCACCGACGGAGUUGAACUCGUACAAGAGGCUAACGGACAAGCCGCCGCUGAUAAAGCGGCUGGCGAUGGGUUUGACAGGUGGACGCGACGUUCUUGGGCUGAACGGUGAGGAUGACAGCUGCCCGCUCGUCAGCGGUAGCAGCACGCCGACCAGCCCAUCGAACAGGCCCCAUUCCGGGGGCUACAUAAACGAGGCGAUCAUCGACUCGGAGGGUACGAGGCCGUCAUACAACAAGAUCCCGCCGUCCGAGAGUCUCGACAACACCAUCAACGCGUCCAUCACCGCGAAGAACUUCAACAUCGAGAACAACAGGAUAGGACACAAUUGCCCCGGCUCGGGGACGGAGGCGGAUUUCAAGUCGAAAAGAAGAUCGCAAAUUAGCACGUCGAGUAGCUCGGUGCCCGCUGACGGAAGCACUCAUGGCUCCACGCCAACCCCGCCGCCUUUGCCCGAGAGAACAGACAGCCUGAAUAAUCGAAGCGAGGAGGCCGAGCUGCGCAAAGCGCCCUGGUUUCAGGCCGGAAUACCCAGGGAAAUAACGCUGGAGGUAUUGAGCCAAGAGCCGGAAGGAGCGUUCAUGGUGCGAGAGAGUACCAGCAAGCCCGGAUGUUACGCCCUCUCCCUCCGUGUGCCCCGUGAAUUCCAGCCGAGCGGAAUAGCUCAUUAUCUCAUAAUGCGUACAAACAAAGGUUACAAAAUCAAAGGCUUCACGAAGGAGUUCACCACGCUCACUGCUCUGAUCACUCACCACUCGGUGAUGCCGGAAUUACUGCCGUGCCCGUUAUCACUAAGCCGAUACAAUCCGAGCUUCGUCAAGACCGAUUCCAGCAAGGACUUCGCGGACAUCGAUUCGGACCCCGAUUACAACACCCUAGCGGAUUUUCGCAAAAUGAUGGCCGACCUGAACGUUUAGGGUGAUCCGCUGGAACGUCGCGUGUGCACCCCUGCUCCCCCCUCCGGCCGAGGGCCGAGAGGGGAAGUAAAGUUUCAAAGACUUCCGUGCUCGUUUCGCGACCGCGCCGAUUCUCACCGUGGAUGCCGAUCGAGGAGGACGCGAGGCACCGUUCGAUAUACUUGUACCUGGAUCGACUUCGUGCCAUUGAUCGUAAAGAGCCGCAACGUUACUCGCAAUCGUCACAUCCACGAAGAGAUCUCGCGGAAUAAUGGAUAUCGGCGCAACUGUACACGCAUUUAGACGACAACUAGUUAUCAAGUCUAUGUUCUGGAAAGACUCGCACACAGCCACACAGUGAUAUAUACUCGUAAGUCACUAAUAAACGAUAAGGAGCGUAGCGUGUAGGUAAUUUAAUGUUUGUUAGUUUGUACGAACGCGAGCGGACAGCAAUGUCGAGGAUGAAACGAAUCGUUUGUAUUGCAGCACACCUAGCGAAGUUAGGUUUAAGCAUGUUGCAAUGAAGGACGAAGCGCGAAACGACGUCGAGGCGUCUCACGAACCUUCCCCCGGAACCGGGAUAAAUUAUCCUCGCGUGGUAAACGGGAUAUUCCGACCGUUCGUUAGAGAUUAUUAUCUUUCGGCGAGUUUUCCUCCACGCUGGACGGAGAAGACCUCGAGGUGAAGCGAGUUUCGUUAUAGUUUGGAUCGCUCUCGAUAGUAUGCUAACGAUGCCAAACGGUUCUGUCAUUGUUGCAAAGUGCACGAUAUUAGAUAAUUGAGAAAAUAAGUGGAAAAGUCGCUCGAUUGUACGCGAGAUUGUACGCGGUCUCGAGCUUUGAAGGAAUCUCACGCGCGUGUUGAGUGUCUGAAUCAGCUCGUAAGUAGAAACUCACUCAUUUGAAUCUCAAAUAUCACAAUGAAGAAGCACGUCCCGAAAGGCACUAAAUUCGCGAUACACGGGAGGUGUGUUUCUCCGAGGGGAAAAUCGGUAAUUCACUCUCGCGAAACGAUGUAUUCUCUCAACUACACCGAGACGUUCUCCCAUCUAGCCCCUCGAUCGCAGCUUCGAGGUGGCCGCAGGCGAUUCAACGCAAAUAGAAAGUUUCACUCGACUGAAGCGAUUAUCUAGCAUUUUUGUAAGACGUAGUUAAAGAUUUGUUACCAUCGUAAUAACUGACCUCCACCGACCUCUGGUCGCAACGAGAAGGUCGUAUAUACGAGGAUGAUUAUAAAAUAGACGAACGUAAACCACCUACUCUCGCGUGCGCACGCACGCGUUUCGACUGGAUUUCGUAAUUAAUCAAACGAGAUGUAUCUCUCGAGGGACUGCGAGGGACACGAAUGAUCGUCGAAUAUUUUCUAUACCUCGAAAUGAAGACUUAGCCACACGAGGGUCGAGCCCGCUUAAAAGUGGUUCGAGUUUGGGAGCAAAAUCAACGUUAUAAUUAACUCAUUAUCGAGCCUCUGAUGUAUCGGAUUUGGUUUCCUCCGUUAUCGUUUAAGUCGCGACGUCGAUGUGUAUCGCAACCAGAGACUAAAAACGAAACAACACUGUGCGAGAUUUUGAUAAAAAGUAAAAUAAUCUCGUUUUUUACCCAAGAUCAAAAUACGGAUUAAAUAAUUGCGAGAUAUUUGCAUUACGCAAAAAAAGUAAAAUUACUUGGGCACAUUCUGCACUAAACUUUAUUUAUUAGUUCAUAAUAAAUAUAUAAAUGAAGAUAAGAAAAUAUUAUACAUAAUAGUUCAUUAGACUGAGUAAAUACGAAAAUGCAUUUCCGAUGCACAAAUAAACAAUUAAAGUUAAUUAAACAGAUACGUCGCUUUAUAUCAAGUAGAAAGAAAUAUACUUUUCGUUUUUAGUCUCCGAUAACAACAUUAAUGUACAUGUGUUUAUAUGUAUAUAUAUUAUAAUGAUUCUAUAAUAUUUUCACGCAUAUAUAUUUAAUUAGUAGACGUCCAAGAGGAUUAGCAAAAGGCGUAAAAUUAAAAUCCUUAAAAUAUUACUAAGCCUAAGAGGAUAUGGAAUUUCCUCAGGACUUGGAUUCAGCGAAGUGCGAAACUGCGGGCGAUAAUUUAGUUUCUCAACUAUCCUAGUCUUGUACAGAGAUUUCGCGUAUAGUUACGAUGAUCGAAGACCGAUACGAUUACGCGUACGUAUUUACACGACUCACCGGUGACCGGACGCAAAAUCGCGAUGACGCUUUUUUGUACGUCGAAAGAUAACUUUCUCAAAACAACUGUCAAGUAUUAUCGAUUUCCUGAGUCACGAGAAUUAUACCGAUUAAAUUGAAAUUUAAGAACUGCCAGUAUAUCAUUUAUGAAGCGUCAUUCGUUCAUCAUGAGAGAUAUUCAGCGAGAAACGAAGCCGGAAGAAUUUUGGUGAUACCAGAUCUUAAUGUUAACGACUAUCUGCGAUAAUUUGAUGAUGUAAACAUGACAACUGACAAAGUACAUUCCAUAUAUUUCUAAUAUCGGACAUGAAAAAUCAAUCUCCAAAGUGAUGACGGUUUCAAUUCUUAUACAGAAGCAUGUAUACAAAUUCACUGAUAACGCUCACAUUCGUUCGACUCGUAUUCACGAUAAUAUCUGGUAACUCAUUGUGUCAGUUGAAAGGUCCGGUGAUACGUAUAUUGCAUUAAAAUCGUAUGUAUGAUAUGUAUAAUAGAUUUGUGCAAAUAUGGAUCUCUGCGAUUUUCGGCUUUCACAAUGCGCUUCCGUAUAAUGCAUUAAUAACGACGCGAGUUGCUAAAUCACUACGCGGUAAUGGAAAGAAUGAAUCUCGAACAAAUUUUUUAUUCGCAAAAUUCUAUUCAAAUGAAUGCUCGAAUUGUUUUUUGAACUCAUGGCCACGCAACAAUUGCACGAAAAAAUAAUGUGUCUUAUGUCUGUUAAUCUUACGCGAACUGACGGGUCGCGCGAGAGGAUUUUAAUAAGCUUUUUGGAAUAUAAAAAUAUAAAAUGAGAUAUAAAAUAAAACGAAAGAAAUGAGAGCGACGGAAAAUGUUUGUAUCGCGAAAUUGAUUAAUGCGUGCUCUAAGGUAAUCGCGCACAAGCAACGCAGCAUAAUUAACUGUUGUAAGGUACGCUACGCAUGACAUUAAUCACUGCUUGAGGUUUGUAAUGUUUUAUGAAUUUAUUAUCGCGACGCGUUGUAUAAUGU